AGAGUGAAGGCAUCGUGCUGAAGUUUGGUGCAUCAGAAAACCCUAAUUGAAUCGUAGCAGAAGAAUGCAGCAGGGCGAAGGAUCUGAAACGGAAGUGACAUGGGAGGAUCAGCAGAACAUCAAUAAAUUCGGAAGGUUGAAUAAUCGCUUUCACGAGCUCGAGGAUGACGUCAAAAUCGCCAAGGAAACAAAUGACAAUUUGGAGGAUGCAAGUAACGAGUUAAUUCUCACAGAUGAAGAGGUAGUUCGAUUCCAAAUAGGGGAGGUUUUUGCUCAUGUACCAAAGGAUGAAGUUGAGGACAAGAUAGAACAAAUGAAAGAGGUGACGAGCCAGAAAUUGGAGAAGCUUGAAGAGGAGAAGGAAUCUGUGCUUGCUCAGAUGACUGAACUGAAGAAAAUUUUAUAUGCGAAGUUUAAGGACUCCAUCAAUCUUGAGGAGGAUUAAUAGCUUUGUUAUUGAUAGAUUUCGAGGUUUUUGUUGUCAAAAUCACCUUAUGGACCCUUGGAUUAUUUUCAGUCAGUUGAUCUCUUAAAAUUUCUGAAUGUUAUCGUACUUGAGACGAUAAGGUUAAGAAUGAAUGUGUUGUAGAGGACGUUGGGUUAGCACCCAUGAUAAAAAGGAUAGCCCUAGUAGAAUAUUUCAUGGUUAUUUUGGGCAUUUCAUUUGUCAAGUAAUCUGGAAGCCUAAGUAAGGAAAGUACAUUUGGUUAAGGAUAGCCCUGUCCAUAAGGUAGAGGGAACCGACAUUUUAAAUUUCUUAUUUUAAUAUUUUACCUUUUUCAUCAAAUUUAAGUUUUAUUCCAU